AUGUCUGCCACCCGGAGAUACCUCUCCCGGUUCUCAGUGAAGAAUUUGAGGGGCCAGCUACAGUCCAAAGAGAACAUCCGCUGGUACUCCCCACAGAAAAUGUAUCCCAACCGGUCAUUGGCCUCAUGCUCACUACAGAGCAUGUAUCCCAACCGUAACAGAGGAAGGUCAGUCAGUGCUACUGAGGAGACCACCCCCUACUGUCUGGAGACGCCUUACGGCUACCAGCUGGACCUGGACUUCCUCAAGUACGUGGACGACAUCCAGAACGGCUCCACCAUUAAUAGGCUGAGGAGGAAGCCCCUCGGGGCGACCAACAGCAGGGCAGAAGCGCAAAGUGGCACCACACCCAGCCAAUCAUGGACCUCAUCGGAAUCCCUGUCCUCGGCGAGUAGUGGUGACACACGGGUGAGUCAGUCUGCCAUGUCGACCGGUAACCGAGGAAGACCCCCUCUUCCUCCACCCCACAGUGCCUCUACCACCACCAGCAACACCACCCCGUCUAGUCAGGAGGGGUCCUCCAUCCCUCUGAAACGCCAAGAGGGGAAGCCUGCGCCGGCCGGCCGCUCCCUGAACACCCCCAGGUUCAACCCUCUAGUGGAGAAGACCCUGGUGGAGACCCGUAGGCGCCUAGAGCAGGAGAAAACCUCCAGCACCACCCCAGCCCAGCCCCACCCUGAGCCCCAUCCCCGCCGACGCCUAGCCAGCUUCGGGGGAGUGGGCUCCAGUGGUUCCCUGUCCGCCUUCACCGGCUGGGGUUCCUACAACCAGAACAACAGCGGAAACGUCAACAAGUCCCAUGCUGAAGGUGAGCUUUCCCUCGGAGGGUCCCUGAGACCCAGCCCCCAGAGCUCUGGCAGGGACACCCCAGUCACGGGUCUCAGCCCCCUGCACCUGCAGCAUGUCAGGGACCAGAUGGUGAUGGCCAUCCAGAGGCUGAAGGAGCUGGAGGAACAGGUGAGGAGCAUCCCUGUUCUACAGGUGAAGAUCUCUGUCCUCCAGGAGGAGAAGAGACAGCUGGUCUCUCGGAUGAAGAACCAGGACCAAGAAGAGCUGAGUGACGGCUCUGAACUUCUAGGGAAACCUGAAGAUGGGCUGGAGAACAAGGCAGAGCACAACAGUGCCUCCUCUGGCCUGAAGGAGUUCCAGCAGCUGACUGCUGAGAUGGAGGCUUUGGAGAGGACCAUCAAGGGCGGUCGCCUGCAAGCACGGCAUGGCCUCAACCAGAACACAUUACGCAGCAACUGCAGAGCUCACAAAUCAGUAGCCAUCGGCACUGAUGAAGACUUGGAUGCCAUCUUAGAUGUCAGGUCCUCAAAACAACACAGGGACAUGGCCGUGAAGACCAAGACCACAGACACAAGAUGCAUAGCAACGGGUGUAACUGAGGCCCACCUCGUUGUCACCGCAGAUAAGGGAUCGGAGCUAGAUGCCCAGCAGAGAAUCAUAGAAGCCCUGAAGGAGAGGGUGUGUCAGUUGGAGGCAGAGGUAAAGGAGUCCACCCUGCAGACGGAGAUGGGCAGGCUGAAGCUGGAGCUACAGGCUGCCGGGGCCAGGAACAAGGCUGAUAAAGGCUCCAACGCCAGGCCAUCCACCCACAGCACCUCCACAGCCACGGAGGCCCCGGAGGCCAGGCCCAAGGCCCAGACCAGGAGCCUGGGGGAGGGCAACCACACAGAGGUCCAGGACGCCUCCGCUGGAGGUAGGCUGGAGGUGGAGGGGUGGGGCUGUAGUGUUGGAGUGUCCUGUAGGCCGGAGCUGAAGAGUGUGAGCUCAGGACCAGAGGUACCGAUGACUUGGUGGGUGGUCAGAGAGAGAGUGACCCGGGACCAAUGUGUUGGGAGACAGGUGGUGAUGGUCACCCAAGGUGUGGGGACAGGGGUGAGGGUGUGUGAGGCAGGAGUCAACACAGAUCUGACCAUGGAGAGUUUGGCUGCAGCGAGGGGAUGGGGGAUGGGGGAGUGUCAGUUGGUUUCGGUGGGGAGCGGGGACUGUACGGUCGACGACGUGAUGAGUGCUGUAAAGGAGGUCGGCAUGGCAACCGACCCUCCAGUCAGAGGGGUGGAUUCAGGUGUCAUGGUGUCACCUCAGACAGUCUCCCAGCGCACCAACACAUCACCAACACUCAGCUCGGUCUCCCGUUUCACAAACACCUGCCGCUCGUUCAACACCACCUCCAGCACCAACACCGUGCUCAACACCCAGGAGAAACACACCAACACCGCGCACACCGUCACCCGGAACAUCGCUGUUGGCAACAGCAGGGUCCUAGAGCUAAUCCAGACUGUUGCUAAGACCCGCUCCAUCGGCAUUGGAACGACCGUGCCAUGGGGAGGAAACGCAGAACAACCAACCCAAACCAAUGCGGCUGUCGCCAAGGCAACGACCAGAGACGCUGGGGUCGGGAUGACUAACGUGAAUGACAACUUCCUGGUUGGACUGAAGACCCGGAACAUCGCCUGUGGUCCUUCCUGUCUCCCUGACCCCACCAAGACCAGGAGUAUUGGGAUCGGGGUGGGUGAGGGGCGCAUACGGGACCUUGCAGGACCACCAUCACUGACACAGAUAUCCCACUCUCACCAGGCCCAGGGGCAAUCCCAGUUAGAGCCUGGUCUGGACCACUACAUAGAGAAGAUGCAGUGUCUGCUAAGGGAGCAGCAGGGCCUGCUGACUGAGAGCUACAGUGAGCUGGGAGAGGUGUUCAUCCAGUCGGCGUCAGACACCACCACUCUCAUCAUGUCACCCGUCAACUCUGCCAUGACACAGGGAGGCACGGAGGACAGGCCAAUACCCUCACAAUCCACAGAUUGUGUACAGUACCAGUCCAUCGCAGGGGCCGGCCAGUUCACUAACACCUCACCUCAGAGAAACACAGAAAGGUCAGGGGUCAGCCAGCGUGUCACUAAGGAGUCAGAGGUCAAGCAAAAGAUACUACGCAUAGAACACCAAACUUCCUCUGCAUUGCACGGUCAGGCCACGAACGCCAACAUGCUGAGGUCCAUCAUGAAGAAACAAGAUGGUGACCGAGGCUACACUGGAACCAGGAAGAGCCUGAAGUUUGUGGGCGUGACCACAGGUUUUCAGUUGAGUGAGAAGAUGCUGUCUGCUUGCCAUGCACUGAAGACCCAUCUGAGUGACGACCAGAGUUUAUCCAGCAGAGAACUGCGGUCUUGUCUGAACAUGCUGCAGCACGAGUGGUUCCGUGUGUCCAGUCAGAAGUCAGCUGCUCCGGCUGUGGUGGAGGACUAUUUAACGGCAUUCCGGUCAGUUUCUCCAGCCGUGCUGAGACACGUAGCCAACAUGGCGGACGGUAACGGUAACACAGCACUCCACUACAGCGUGUCCCACUCCAACUUCACCGUCGUAAAGAGGAUGCUGCUGGCAGAUGUGUGUAACGUGAACCAGCAGAACAAGGCAGGAUAUACCCCCAUCAUGCUGGCUGCCCUGGCUGCUGUGGAGGCCCCAGAGGACAUGGAGGUGGUGGAGGAGCUCUUCAUUAAAGGAGAUGUUAAUGCCAAGGCCAGCCAGGCUGGUCAGACAGCCCUGAUGCUGGCAGUGAGCCACGGCAGGAUGGACAUGGUGCGUGCCCUGCUGGCCAAGGGGGCAGAGGUCAACCUUCAGGAUGAUGAGGGCUCUACAGCUCUAAUGUGUGCCAGCGAACACGGCCACGCUGAGAUAGUCAGGCUGCUGCUGGCCAAGCCAGGCUGUAACGCCACCCUGAGUGACAGCGAUGAGAGCACGGCCCUGUCCAUAGCUCUUGAGGCUGGACAUAAAGACAUAGCAGUGCUGCUCUAUGCCCAUGUCAACUUCUCCAAAAGCCAGGCCGGGGGAACCCCUCGUCUCGGUAGAAAUACACCCCCCAGUUCCGCUGGAAGAGCCGUCUUUGAAUGA